AUGGGGGCGAAGCCUUCAAGGGGUUUGUCGUCUCAAGAGUUGAAACAGCCGCUGCUUCCGCUGACGAUUCACUGUCCUGCCUUCAAGCCGGAUGCAGGCAGCUGGUUGAGCACGCAGCCUCCUCGAAGUGGGGGUAGCCUGCCAUCAGCCCCAGCCAGCUUCAAGGCCGGAAAGCCCAGAAAAACCAGAGACUUCAUCGACGGGGAAAUCACUCUCAACUCCACGGGCACUAGGCACGUUUGGGAUGGGGAGAGCCUUGACCCGCGUUUCGUCACCGAAGAGCAGACGACGCACGCCAUCAGCGGGCAGGUGGCAACACUCGUCUGCCGCUAUGUGGAAGAGGGAAGGGACAAAGCAGAGGCCCUGACAAAGAAUGACGACGAGUUCCAUGAGGACCACUUCCUGCGUCGAAGAUGGUGUUGCUGUCCUCGUAGAAAAAAGAAGCCGGAUUUGUCUCAUGAGGCCGUUCUGACCUUUCUGAACGACAUCUCCGAUUCCCUGUAUUUUUGCAAGCAGGUAGUUGUACUUUGCGCCAUCUACAUUGAGCGCUUGAUUGAACAGACCGACACCGUUCUGACGGUUGGUAACUGGCGCUCGCUUGUCACAGCUGGAUUGCUGAUUGCAUCCAAGGUAUGGGAGGACAUUCAUCCCUGGAACGCUGACUUUGAAGACUGCCUUCUGGAAGUUGCAGGCAUUCGCUACAAAUGCGGUGCGUUGUACCGAUUGGAAUCGAUGUUCCUGGAAAAACUGCAGUGGAAGGUGUUCGUCGAUGCCAAAAUCUAUGCUGCUUACUUCUUCUCCUUGAUGGAAGGAAUUAGGCAGAAUCGAAGCCAGAAAAUAAGGCAACGAGCUCAAAGGCCGAGGCACCACUCUGACUUUGGUCCCAUCAAGGAGGACGAGCACUUCGGCGAAACGGACUCAGAGUUGGACUUGGAAAGGGGCCUCAUGUCUCCGGAGCAGCGCGGAACCUCGGAGCGCAGCUCCAGCUCGCUGUCUUCUGCGUCUCCAGACGUGCGUGGCAGGGAUGAAGUGGAGAGUUGUCUCAGUGGUGAGUCCCUUCAUAGUGCACGUGAUUGCUGGCGUCUCGAUGCCGGAAAUCCACACAUUGGCUCUCUACGACAUGCGCCACGAGCUCUGGCACCUUCCCGACACAUACCUCAGAGCGAGGAACUGCUUCGGGUGCACAAGUUGGUCUCACGGACCACAAGCAUGUUUGGUCUCCCCAAAGGCCGCCACCCUGAGGCACUGACACUCUCCGGAGCGACCGGAAGUCAGUUGAAGACGGAGCUCCUGCAGUACUUGAAGAAGAGGGGUGAGGAGCUCGCAGUCACGUUGGUGCGUGGUCAGACAAUUCUCCCAGCAAGUGAUGCGCUUGCCGCGGUUCGUGGCAUGGAGCACAGCAUAGGCUGGGUGGAUUCACGUGAAGGUCAAAAGUACGGAGGAGAAAACCAAGUAGUGGAGCGAGACGUGGACUUACACUUCGCCUGGGCCUGGGCUAUAGGCCUCAAAAUGCUCCAUCAUCCAUCAGAUGAUGGCAAGCCAAUGCGUUUUCCGUCGCGAGCCGACGGAAUGUCCAUGAACGUCGUGAGGCCUAAGGACGUUCCCCGUGGCAAAAUUGCGUGUGAGAAAGACUACCAGCAGGCGCUGCUGGCAAGUGAUAUACGCGGAGCUGUGUCAUCGUUUAUGACGCAGAGUCUGCAUCUCGAAGGGCCGCCUCACAAGGACUUCAUCAAAGGAUCUGUGGCCAGGAGCAGCUAUCCUUCAAUCGAAAAGCAGCAAGAUCUAUCCUUGACAACCCACGACGUUGAUGGUGCGCAGCCGAAGGCCAAAGUCUUCAAAACUACUCGGCAAACAAAUCCGUUGACCCCGAGGUAUACACUGCAGUCGGCCCCCAUGGAUGUACCACCACCCAACUCUACGCGCACUCACGAGCUGCUUCAGCGAGACACCAUGAGCUUCAAGGGCACAUCAUCGUCGCGAAUACCGAUGAGGGACUACACGCAUAAUCCUGCAGAAGGUCAUGAUGUUGAGAUGUCCCAGCCCAAUAUCAGAAACAGAGUCAAUGUGACAACGCCACGGGAAACGUUGAGGACAUUGGAACGUUCAGGAGAAAGGAUACUGUCUGGCAAGUACGUUAGCACUGGCAACAGCUCCAUGGCCCCAGACUACAAAGUUCAUACCAGAACCACGCACCCCUUCUAUCGUGAGACUGAAGGGAACCCCCUUGCUCCAAGCCAGGUGGGCCUUGUGUCGGGAUCCACGCCCAGAGUCUUGCAUCGCGACAACGGAGAGCCCCAGGCAUCCUUGAUCCGUGCAGACAUUCCGGGAGCGGUGCCACAGAGGUACAAGGGGCAUGUGCCGAUCAACAUCUACGACAAUCACACAGUCACGCCCUUCUCACCGUACACGGGCCUCGUGUGUAGUGACAUCGAGGGCGCGCAAACUGGCCCACCACCCGGAGAGAGGGCACCCGCAAGAGUGGGACCACAUGAUGGCGACAAGGAGCAGCCAAAUCCAGACGAUGGAGCCAUUGCUUUCUGGGAGCGUGGUGUGCAACCUGCAGAGCUGCCGGACGAGGCUGCCGCUGAUCUGCUUGAGUCGAUGCAACUGCGCGAUGGAAUAGCUUGGAGCAACAAUGACGACUUCUCAGACACCCCUGAGGGGUCCACCUGCAGCUUCGAGCGAUUGGAAAUUCACAGCAGCUUUUCAGGAUCCGGACGGCCAAUUCGGCGAGAGUUUUUCGAAGUGCACCACAAGAAUCGGGGCUCUCGUGCAACAGGAUGCUACCCAGAAAGCCUUGAGCGGAGCGCCUCUGCUUCGGCUGAUUCGCAGAACAUGACCUCAGGUAGCCUCAACGUGUCGAUCCUCCGUUUGCGUGACAUCCCUUGGCUGGAUCGUGAUGACGGUGAGGACACGCGAGACGAGAUGCAGGAUACCUCCUCCAGCAUGAGCGACACAGGCCCUUCGACAAGCCCGCUUGCAAGAGCUCAAAUCUUGCCGAAAGGACUCGCAAAUCUUUCCGUGCCUUGCGAUGCUGCCACGCAGCCAGCUAUUCACAAGGCAGUCGAGGCCCCUGCGCACCAACCUCACCUUGGCUGGGCGAUCGUGGAACUGAGUGGAGGAACUCAGAGCAUCGACCAGCCUUUCUUCAAAGUGCACCGCAGGAUCUGGCCCACGCGGAUACAAGGAGACAGCGAUCAGGUACAAGGAAGCCGGACUCCGGCAUCGUGUCAGAAUUCGAUGGCAACCGCAGGCAGCAGCUCAACGGGUGCGGCGGCGGCCCUGGUGCGUGACAUCCCUUGGCUGGACCAAGACUCCGAGACGUCGGAUGCGAUGCAGGAUACAUCCUCCAGCAUGAGCGACAGAAGCCCUUCUACAAGCCCACUCGAAAGGGUUCAACUCUUGCCCAAGCGAUUCGCAAAUCUAUCUGACGACGUUGUUCUACCAUUAGGUCACCAGCGGCUCGUGCGCAAGUGCGGCGGCAUCCGGGCUUUGCGGUUGCGCGUUCCAGUUCAAAAACAGACCUCCGAAUCCCAGGAGUCAGCACUAAGCGCGCGUGGGCCACACCAGAAGAGUUGCACUCAGCAGGCCGUGGCCACAGCUGUCCAACCAGAGGUGCAGACAGCCAGAAAUGCUCGUGGUGGAUCCAGUGGUCCGCAUGUGCGGUUUCUGCUGGAAGCGAGGCACAAUGGGAUCCACUGCGCGACGAGAGAGGGGUCCAGAUGCCAAGGAUCUAAGUGCCAGGUGUCAGAUGGCAGAGGAGGGCCUGUGUCAGCAGCUGCGGCAUGA